AUAUUCUCUUAUUAAAUUAAACACCAGUUUGCAGAGUUGCAAGAGAAAUUGGCUUCUUGGUCAUAUAUUAUAUCACUAAUCACCAGGUGAAGCCUCUCAGAUUUCCCUAUUCAUAUGAAAACCACAUCUAGAGCUAGCUGCCGAGCCUGACCUGAACCUAAAGUAAGCUACGGUUUGGGCGUAAAUUAGGAGAGAAUUGAUGGAAGAGGAAAAGGGUCCAGUUUGUGUAACGGGUGGAACUGGAUUCAUCGGUUCAUGGCUGGUUAUGAAGCUUCUGCAAAAUGGUUACACUGUUCGAACUACUGUUAGACCUGAUCCAGAAUGCAAGAGAGACAUCAGCUACCUCACAAGCCUGCCUAGAGCAUCGGAGAAGCUUCACAUCUUCAAUGGGGAUCUGAACCAACCUGAAAGUUUUAAUGUAGCAAUUGAAGGAUGCACCGGGGUCUUCCAUGUUGCUCAUCCUAUGCCUAACAAAGAACUUGAUGAAGCAUCGGUAACCAAACAAUCUGUAGAAGGUACCCUAGGCAUAUUGAAAGCUUGCCUAAAUGCCAAGACUGUGAAAAAGGUUGUUUACACUUCUAGUGCAGCAACUGUUGCUUAUAGUGGCAACAACAAAGACAUGGCGGAUGAGAGUUCAUGGAGUGAUAUAGAGUACCAUAGGUCUCUUGGAUUAUUUAGGAGUUCAUCGUAUGUGGCUGCUAAGACCAAAACAGAGCAAGCAGUACUGGAAUUUGCACAAAAAAAUGGAUUAGAACUUGUGACUUUGAUCCCUCCAUUCGUCCUUGGUGGUUUCAUCUGCAAAGAUCUCCCUGGUUCAGUGGAAUUGAUCUUAUCCAUGAUAUUAGGAAAAGCAGAUAACUUUACACAACUUCACAAGCUAAGUUUGGUACAUGUAGAUGAUUUGGUUAGUGCGCAUAUCUUUCUUUUUGAAAAUUCUAAUGCCAAAGGGAGGUACAUUUGCUCUUCAACUCCAACAUCAAUAGACGAAAUGUACCGAUUUCUUUAUGCAAAAUACCCUGAAUUUCGCAUACCCACAACUCAAUCACUGAAAGAAGCUUACAAAAUUUGUGGUUUCUCAUCGAAGAAGCUCCUGAAUACUGGAUUCACAUUUAAGCAUGGCCUCGAUGACAUAUUGACUGGAGCAUUUCAAUCUUGCAGAGAAAAGGGUUUUCUAGAAAGGAUCUUUGGCAAAAUGGACACAUGACUCCAUAAAAACAUUCUACUCAAUUGUCUUGUGAUUCUUUUUUUUUU